UUUCUAAUUGAGCAAAACCCCAAAAUUUUGAAGGUUUAGCCUUCUCUUUAAGCCGCCCUGCCCCUUUGCCAUUAUUUCCCUUUUUUCAGCGCCACCGUCUGUUCAGCAGCUCUACCUUCUCCCUCGCCGGAAGCUCCAAUUUUCCACCGUCCGUUCAGCAGCUCUACCUUCUACGUCGACGGAAGCUCCAGUUUGUACUCGAAGUUCCGUUACAAGCAAUGGGCACAGCUAAUAUAAGGGAUAUUUUGACUUGUUUUAGUCCUUCGUUAGACUUCUUUGCUAUAAGUUCUGGUGAUGGCCGUAUCAAGAUAUGGGAUACUGUGAAGGGUCAGGUACAGACCGAGUUUGCAGAUAUUGUGUCAACGGAGAAAGAAAGCUCGUUUAAUAAGCCAGGAGGUCAUCUUUCAAUGGAUUAUACUUGCAUGAAGUGGUUAUCAUGUGACAGAAAGAAAAAAAGGAAGAUUGGAACUUCAUUAUUGGUGUUAGGUACAGGAAGUGGUGACGUUUUGGCUUUAGAUGUAUCUGCAGGUCAUCUGAAAUGGAGAUUUAGUGAUUGCCAUCCUGGCGGUGUCAACGCCAUCUCAUUCCCUUCACAUGGUUCAUUCAUUUACACGGCUGGUGCUGAUGGACUAGUUUGCAAAAUUGACUCCAUGUCCGGAAAUUUACUGCAUAAGUUUAAAGCUUCCACUAAAGCAAUAUCAUCUUUAUCCAUUUCAUCAGAUGGGAAAAUAUUAGCAACAGCAACUUCUCAGUUGAAGGUUUUCAAUUGCUUGGAUGACAAAAAGCUCCAGAAAUUUACAGGCCAUCCUGGGGCUGUCCGGUGUAUGGUUUUCUCUGAAGAUGGGAGACAUGUUCUUUCUUCUGCUGUUGGUGACCGACAUGUAGCAGUUUGGAAGUUAGAUGGUAGCAAAAAGAAAUCAGCAUGCUGCUCGCUGGCAAUGGAUCACCCUGCUGUCUUCUUGGAUAGCUACAACAUUAAAUCUGGAGCUGAAAAUGAUGUAGGCUUGGGUGUUUUGGCCAUUUCAGAAAUUGGUGUUUGCUACUUUUGGCAUGGAAAGAGCUUUGAGGAACUGCACAAUGGGAAGCCCACAAAGAUAUUUGCAUCUUUAGAUGAGAAAAUAAUGAAGAAACAUAAAGAAACCAUGCAUAAUAUUUUUUCAGCAAAAUUGCAAUCUAUUGGCACAUCUGGUUCUGGCCAUAUGUUUGUUGCAUAUGGCUUGCUUAUAAAACCAUCAUUUGAAAAAGUUAUGGUGCAGCCUGGGGACGAUAUCAGAUUAAAAAGUUCACUUGACGGGAUCCUUCUACCCUUCAGUCAAUCUCGCAAAUCUAAACAAGCAUCCAAGACCCAGAGUCAGGUUACUGCUCUCGAUCGUGCAAAUGCAGAGGGUGCAUUACUUCCUUUGCCCAUGAUUCUUGAUCACGUUGGCGUGGAGACUGGAAUUAAGCCCACAGUUAGCAAAGAUGUCAUUGGUACACAAGCAGAAGAUGAGGUCACAAUUUGCAUGGAGGACCAGUUAAGAUCCUUGGGUAUAAUUAGCAGCGACAAUGAUCUCUUGCCUCCCUCAAUUCUUGAUGCUAAGAUUUUGAAAAGAAUAAGUGCUGAUGCUAGUGUGCCACAAAAGAAGAUGAAAGCCGCUGUUUUAUCCAUGGAACCACAUGAUGCUUACAACUUUUUGAAAGCCUUGGUGGCUGCAUGGCAGUCCAGAUCAAGCUUGGGAACGCAUGUUCUUCCAUGGAUAUGCUGUAUAUUGGUGAACCACAAUGAAUUUGUUACAUCGCAGGAACCACUGACGCCUCUUCUAGAUUCCAUGAACAAGCUUACCAAGUCAAAGGGAGUAGCCCUUAACUCAUUAUUGCAGUUAUCUGGCCGUUUGCAACUCGUAAUGGCACAGAUUGGGAAGGCUGAUAAUAAGAAAAGUCCGACAUCAACACUCGAGGGGCAGAUGAAUGAUAGUGAGGAUGAUGAGGUAGAUGAAGUUAUGUAUGGCAUAGAUGAAUCUCAAACGAGUAGUGACGGGGAUGACUAGGACUUUUUCGGUGAGAGACGUUUCAUAAAGCUGAAAGUUGAUUGGCAGGUGCUUUUAACAAGGGAAUCUAUAUGGUCAGUUUUGGUAGGAGCUGGGCCUUGGGGCCUUAAAUGGGAAGUGCAAGGAGAUAUAAUUUAGGUUGCUCUAUCUAGUUUGUUAUGGGUAUAGGGGUAAAGCCUAUGUACUCUCUUUCCUAGACCCCUUCCUGAUUGUAUGCAUUAAGUCGAUAAUCUGUUGUGUGAGGUUCUUCAUAGGUGCCAUUUAUCUGAUCUUUCAUUGGUUUUGCUGUUAAAAGUUCCCUUAACUCGCUUCAUCCAUUGCACUGAACUUGUAAGCUAGGAAGAGAAUGUAACAAUUGGUGAAAUGGGGACCCAGCAAUUUAUUUGAUCCGGUAGUUUCUUUGUGCCUCUGUGUGUGUGAAUGAGUUGUAUUUUGAUCCCCCAAGAAGUUACACACAAAAUGGACUCUUGUUUUUGAGUUAUCUUACAGUGGCGGUGGUGCAACCA